UUUGGUGGCAAUGGUGGAGCGGAAAGCUUAGGCGAACAUAAAAGUCUGAACGCUAGUGGCGACUUAGAAGCGUUGUCAGCAACGACGAAUACAGUAAACGGCGCUGGCGGUGGAAAUGGCAUAUUUGCUAGCACCAAGGACAAAGGAAUACGUCGAUUGUCACAGAUGCGACGCCGACGCAGCUCAUAUUACUUUUCUGAGAAUGAACGCAGAAUUCGAGCCAACGACCGAGAAUUUAAUGCACAAUUUAAAUACGCCGAUAAUUUCAUUAAAACAUCCAAAUACACACUGCUGACUUUUUUGCCAUUUAAUUUGCUCGAACAAUUUCAACGUCUUGCCAAUUUCUAUUUCCUGUGCUUGUUGGUGCUGCAACUCAUACCCGCGAUAUCAUCAUUGACGCCCGUUACCACAGCCAUACCGUUAAUUGGCGUGUUAACUUUGACAGCGGUUAAGGAUGCGUAUGAUGACAUUGUAAGUAUCUAA